AUGAACCCGCCAGAGACGAAAAACUUGCCAAAGACCGCCGAGUCUCGAGUUAGCGAUGUCGACGAAAAUUUCUCCCCGCUCACCAGAGCCCAGCGGUCCGGUUCACAUUUCCCAAUUGAGUCUGGCGUGAGGUUCUUUCUCCUCUUGGCGCUCACGCUUGUCACCAACAAGCCGGUGCUCAUCUCUACCAGACCACCCCCGUCCUCGGUAGGGGCAGUCUCCGACGGGCCUCCGAAAUCCUCGUAA